AUGAAUUACAACACACCCCAACUACCUGUGGAGAUUGUGGACCACAUUAUACGAUCCACGAUACCUGAUACGAAUCACUUAGCAUACCCGGCAUCAGAUCUCACCACCAAGACGUUGCUAGCCUACCUCACAGUCUCAAAAGCUGCUAGUCAAACUGCAAGGUCCUUGCUAUACAUCCAUUGCCUUUACAUUGACACACCGUGGCGUCUGGAUUUACUUCUCAGAAGAUCAAGCUUGCGUGCUUCAGUUUCCACCAUUCAAAGACUGUAUCUCUCGCCAUUCCCUGGACGCACCAUCCGUGUGCGAAAGGUCGUCAAUCAAAUCGCAGAGCUCUUUACCAUACUUAGUUCCAAUCUCAAGCGUCUGGUUGUCGAUAUGCCACUCCGCUCUCAUUACCCUGAGGAAGAUGUGACUGAUCAAUUGCGGCCAAUUCUUCGAAAAGGGUUCGAGCAGCUGGUACAUCUCGAAGAAUUUUGCAGCAUAAGAGAUGAGCUCUAUCUUGCGUGCCAUGUCCGAGCACUAUCUCCAGAAGUUCAAGCUGAGUUCAUCAAUGGCUUUGUGUUUCAAAAGUGGACGAAGUUGCGUCGUCUUGCGCUGUAUAAUCAGAUGCUCGACUCUGAGUUCAGAACAGCGCUUGCAAACAUGCCAAAUUUGGACACAGUGGUCCUAUCACGACCAGACUACGACUAUGACUUUCGGCUAAAUGAAGUGAUCGCUCGAUUCGAGGACCACGUCAAAGUCGUAAUUGUAGACGCUACAGACGACGCAGCUCAGGCCGGAAUGCGGAAGUUGUCGACGGAUACAGACUCGCCUCAGGACACACUAUCUAAUGCUUGGAAGCUCGAGUUUUUGAUUCGCAAGAACCAGGAUUCAAUCUCUGCUGUGCAAGAAUGGUCUUUGCAACGCAUGCUAGAAGGGGAAUUGUGGACUUUGCCUGAGCACUGUGAUUUCACCUGA